AUGGCGGUUCCAGUUUUGAAGAUCAAGACUCUGUUACACAAUGGCCUGCUGCACUGCAUGCACAAGAAGACCAGUCAGUUACAAUACACUGCAAUUUUACCCAUUCAGCUUCCAGCAGCUUAUACCUGCAGUGGUACCGUCAGGACCUGGGAGAGCGAGUCAAAUACAUUCUCCAGCGGUACAAACCAGCUGGAGGGGCUGAAGAUGGGGAUAAAGCACCAGCUGGGUCAGACCCCUGGCCCCAGCUCACCUGUUUUCCUCCCCUCGGACCCCCCUCUGGCCUGGCUGUUGUCGAAGAUCUGGGUUCGAAGCUCUGAAUUCCAGAUCUUCCAGGUCCUGACUCACCUGCUGCGCACUCACCUGAUGAUGGAGGUGUUCUGUGUGGCCACACUGAGACAGCUCCCCGCAGUACACCCAGUGUACAAGCUCCUCACCCCUCACCUGCGCUACACGCUGGAGAUCAACACCCGCGGGCGCUCCCAGCUCAUAUCUGAAGAUGGCAUCUUCAAAAGGGUUUCCUCUACAGGGGGUCCUGCUGUCCUCCUCCUCUCUCAGAAAGGGUAUCAGACUCUGUCCUACGAGUCUCUUCAGCCCCCGUUAGAUUUUCAGCGGCGCGGCGUGAUGAAGCUCAGGGAUUACUUCUACCGCGAGGACAGCCUGAUGCUGUGGAACGCCAUCCAGAGCUAUGUCUCCGGUCUCGUCUCUAUCUAUUAUUCCUCGGACUCUGAUGUCUCUCAGGACUCGGAGCUGCAGCUGUGGAUCCGUGACAUCACUGAGGAGGGGUUCGGGGACAUCCCCCAAUUCGGUCUAUCCAGUGAGUUGAGAAGCAGGAAGGAGCUGGUGACUCUCCUCAGUGUGGUGAUCUUCACCUGCUCUGUACAGCACGCGGCUACCAACAACGGACAGUUUGAUUGGUGCGCCUGGGUUCCGAACACGCCCUGCACUAUGCGCCUGCCCCCACCCACCUGCAAAGAUUCUGUUACCAUGGAGAUGAUCAUGGAGACUCUGCCAGACAUCAGCCAAUCCUGCAUGGAGAUGGCGAUCACAUGGCACCUGAGCAGGGCACAGCCAGAUGCGAUUCCUCUCGGACGGCACACUGAGGAGUACUUCACAGAGGAAGCAGCCCAGGCAGAGAUACGCAAAUUCAAUGAGACUCUGAAAGAGAUCGAGCAGAAAAUAAAGGAGAGGAACCAGAGCUUGGCGCUGAAAUACGAGUACCUGAAACCGAGCAGGAUCGAGAACAGCAUUACUAUAUAGAGGGAGGACAGAGAAGAGAGGAGACAGGGAGAGGGGAGAGGCAUCUACUACUAUCUGAAACUUUAUAAUGGUACAGUGGGGAUCCAGUCACAAGACUUUCACCUUAUAAUGAGGGGAAAAAAGGCUAGUGUAAUAGCAUUAUGGGGGAAAUGGGAGCCAUGUCCUUAACAUGUUAUAACAUUGUUUCCAAUUUUAAGUGUAUUUACCCUGACAAGGAAAGCAUGAAGAAAAUCGGUACAAUUAUGAUGAAUGCAUUAUGGAUGUCUCUAGUGUUUUAAUGUCCGAGAAAUACAUUGAAUGCAAAUUAAGUAAAGGUACAGUUAAUGACAUUUAAAUCAUGUUUUGCUAAGCAAUUAUGACUGAGUGAUUAAUUUGAUUUGCUGAUGUAAAACUAAAGAAAAGUAUGCUUUGUAAUUUGUCCUUUUAACCUCUUUUGAAAUUUCAAACUGGAAUAAAUAAAUAACAACCCA